AUGUCAGUUUACGUUCCUCCGUCUUCCAACCCUCAGGGAGCGGCGUUGCUGGCUAUAUUUUGGAGUAUUCAUGCCGCCUGCACCAUCUUCGUAGGCCUUCGCUUGUACUGCAAGGUCAUUCGUGGCCGCUGCCUUUGGUGGGAUGAUCACUUGUUAAUAGUAGCUUGGGCUCUACUCUUCAUAAACACCGUUUUUACCACUGCCUCCGUCUUGAUGGGAUACGGGCUACACACUGAUGCUGUACCCGGGGAAAACGAGAAGUACCUGUCUAUUAUCGGCGGUAUCAAUGGCACCACAUCGGUUCUCCACGUACUGUUCAGCAAAGUAUCCUUUGCCGUGACGCUUCUUCGAAUCACGGAUGGCUGGCUGAAGCGACUCGUCUGGUUCAUCAUCAUCACUUUGACGCUUUGCCAAGUCAGCACCGCCCUUUUGUUUUGGCUUCUGUGCGAGCCCCCGGAGGCGACAUGGAACUCUAGUAUCACGAAUAAAAAAUGCUGGUCCCCCGACGGCCUCCUUGCCUACUCGAUUGCUCUUGGAAUUUAUUCAGCCGUGUGUGACUUCGUGCUGGCGCUUCUACCGUGGCGAAUCCUUAUGCGAUUUCAUAUGUACCGAGGCGAAAAGGUUGGCGUGGCUAUAGCCAUGAGCAUGGGGGUCUUUGCCGGAAUCGCGGGUGCUAUCAAGGUGUCGACAAUCAGCCGCAUAGUGAGUAAUGACUUCAGCUACGAGGGAUUCCUUCUGGUUGUUUGUGCCCUUGUCGAGGGGGCUUGCGCCAUGAUGGCUGCCUCAAUACCCACCCUGAGGGCUCUGUUCCUUCACACCUUUGACCCUCCAUCGCAGCCGAGCAUCGAUGUAGUCGUCGAAAGUGAUAGAUCCGCGGGGGCAUCAGCACGUCGAGCCCGAUCCGACUGGGACGAAAGAAAGUACAGGAACAGAAGCGACCAGAGCAUCCUGGCGAUACCGCCGACAAGCAGCAGCACUACGGACAGGUCGGUCGAGACAGAUAUCGAACGAGAUCUCUCAAGACCGCUAAACAACCAGUUUGAAAUGAAAGACUGGAAGUCAGCAAAGAGUUGA